AUGCAAAACUUACCCAAUAUUAUCCCAAUUCCGCCGCCGUUUCCUUUCCCUCCUCCGCCGCAAUCCACCGGGCAAGUCGUUGUCCUUCCAGCACCACCUCCACCGUUUCGACCAUUCGCCACCGCUCCCAGCUCCGUCUUUCAAAUCACCUUCCUCCCUGCACCACCUCAACCACCGCCGUUCCCUAGCGAUUCGAGCUCCGUCGAUUUAUCGCCUCUGGAGUUUCUCCUCGCCCUUGUUGCGAUUAUCGCCAUUCCUGCCUUGAUCUACACGUUUAUCUUCGCCUACGGAUGUUCAUCCUCAUCCUCCAAUCGCCGGAGAUCCGAUGAAGUUUCCGACGCUCAAUCAGUUGCUUCGGAACUCUCCCGCCAUGACAUCGAAAGUGCUGCUGCUGGAGAACUUACCGGAAUUAAGCACCAGGAGGUACGUCCGACGAAAAUCAGCGGCGAGUGUCCGGUGUGUUUGUCGGUGUUCGCCGACGGUGAGGAAGUUCGAGAACUGAGUGUUUGCAAGCAUUCGUUUCACAGUUCUUGCAUCGAUUUGUGGCUCAGUAAUCACUCCAAUUGCCCCAUUUGCCGUACAAUUGUCACCGAUGCUGCGGCGGUUAAAAGUUCCGGUAACGGUAGAGACGGUGAUGUUCAACCGAGUCCCGGUGAUGCUUCUUCUUUGGUUUGA